AUGGCCUCACCAUCACCCAAACCACAGAAAAAACUUUCAGAAUUUCUAAAUGAACAGCAAGAACCCUUCAUCCUACAACUUUACUUAUCAGAAAGAUCAAAUUCCUCUAAAACAUUCACUUCAACUUCACCCAAGAAUUUCAAAAACCCUUCAAGCUCUUGCUUCCUAAACAAAAAGAGAAAACCUCUCUUUCCAUUUUGUAAAAUUUUAACAUGUGUACACAAAAAGAAGCUUCCAGCAAUCAAGAACUCCUACACUACAAACAAACACAACAAUGUUAAUGUCACUCAUCACGAAGCUAACAACGUUGAUGAUCGAACACAAAUAGCUACAGAAACAGAUCGUUUCUCAACUGCCAGCAGCUCCACCGUGUUCCAUUCAUGCUCAGAUAUUGAUGAUGAAGAAGAAAGAACUUCAUUUUCAUCUCACAAAUAUUAUAAUCCUCUGUUUUCUUCUAACAGUGUCUGCAACAUAGGAAUCCAAAGCCAGCAAGAAACCGACAACAGAAAGUGCCACCAGAGAUGUAUAAAAGUGUGUCCGACAUAUGAAACAUUGAAUGAGGAUGUUUGUGUUUGCGGUGUGGUUGUGCCUGAGAAAAUCAAUGAGGAAUCUCUAUUAUUACCUGCUAUAUUUACUUCACUUAUUCAAACAGCAAAGAGAGAUCAAAAGAACUAUACUAAACAACUGCGACAAAUUCUUGAGCAUAAAAGGGUAUUGCACAAGACAAAGAAGCUCUUAUUUGAUUGUGUUAGAGAAUUGACCAAAAAUGUGAAGAAAAAAGAUUGUAAGCGAUUAAUGGGAGCUGAAAAGUUGGGGAAGAUAAUAUGGAAAAGAAGAAAAGAAGGUGGUGAAAAGAAUGAGAGAAAUGUUAGUAAUUUGCUGAAUUUGGAAUACUUGUUGGAUUCAAGGAAUGAAUGGAGUGAGUUUAAGACUGAGAUGAAAGAUAUUAGUAUUGAGAUUGCUGAUGCAAUAUUGGAAAUUGUAAUCAAGGAUGAAAUUGUAUGA